UUUCCGGAUUUGUGUCAGGUGACUGAACAGUGCCGUUUCAUUGGUCGGUUGCUCCUCCGUGUUUAUUUCCGGAAGUAAGUUGUUGUCAGUCUCAGACUUUCCUUAAGGGCUUUUAAAUCUCAAAUCAACCGAGCCGGUUCGAAAGGUGUGUCCUCAUUCACAGGAUGGCACAUUGGUUUCACAGAAACCCACUGAAGGCAACAGCGCCAGUGUCCUUUAAUUUCUAUGGCGUUGCAGGGAGCCCUGCUGCAAAUAAGAUAUGCAAUGACCUGAGGACGACCAGGGCAAGACUGCUGGAUAUGUUCACUGAUGUCACCUGCAACCCUGAGAUCAUGAAAAAUGCCACAGAUGCAUACUUCUCCCUCCUGCAAGGCUUUAUCGCAUCCUUGGAUGGAACUACACAGGAGAACAAGAUGAGGUUCAUCCAGAACUUUAAGUGGACUGACACCUUACAAGGAAACACACCAAGUGCUCAGCAGGAUGCAGUCUUUGAACUGGCCUCUAUGGCUUUCAAUGUAGCCCUCUGGUAUACCAAGUUUGCCUCGAGACUAGCAGGGAAGGAAAAUGUAACAGAGGCUGAAGCGAAAGACGUUCACCGGAGCUUGAAGGUUGCUGCUGGAAUAUUCAAAAAUUUGAAGGAGGUCCACAUCCCCCGCCUCAUCACCCCGGCUGAAAAGGGCAGAGACCUGGAGCCCAGAGUGAUUGAUGCAUACAUUAUCCAGUGUCAAGCAGAAGCCCAAGAAGUCACAAUUGCCAGAGCGAUUGAACUGAAGCACAAUGCCACACUCAUCGCAGCUUUGGCAUUUGAGACGGCAAACUUCUAUCAAAAAGCCGACCACACACUCAACACCUUGGAGCCAGAGUGCAGCAGCAAGUGGAGGAAGUAUCUUCAGCUGAAGCAGCACUUUUACAUGGCUUAUGCGUACUGCUAUCAUGGACAGACACUGCUGGCGAGUGACAAGUGUGGUGAGGCCAUAAGAUCCCUCCAAGAGGCAGAAAAGUGUUACUCCCGUGCUGAGGCGCUGUGUAAAGAGUACCGUCAGACCAAAGGCCCAGGCACCACGGCCAAACCGUCGGAGCAGCUGUUCUUCCUCAAACUGGGCGGCCUCAUUAAGAACACACUGGAGAAGUGCCAGAGAGAAAAUGGCUUCAUAUACUUCCAUAAAGUCCCAGCUGAGGCGCCGCAGCUGGAGCUGAAGGCGAGCUACGGCUUGGCUGAACCAGUCGCCUUUGAGCUGCCGCCUGUCAGCGAGCUGUGCACUCCUGAAGUCUACGCCACCUUCGACCUGACCAAAGGAGCUAAGAAUGACAAGGCCAAACCCAAGGACGAGGAGGUGAAACCGGUGAAAGAGCCAGAUUUGAAGCCCCAGAAGGACACAGGCUGUGUCAUCUCUUAAACUUCCUACUCAUUACAUUUUCAGCCUCAUGCUUCAGUGCCAUCGAUUAUAAUGAUGGUCUACAUUUAGCUCCCCAUGUGAACCUCCCUAGGGAAAAAAACAACAACAUUUUUUUGUAAUAUAAAUCCAUGUUGUUUUACAUUUAUGCUGAGACAUGUGUAUUGUAUCUGAGUAUGACAGUCAUUAACCCUGCAUUUAAGCCACAGACACUUCACAGUAUGUGGCCACAUGCCUGAAACCUUUACCAAGUAAGAACAGUUCUUUCAGGGUCUGGCGAGUGAUUACGUGUCAGCUGAAAGGACUGCUUUAAAUUAGAUGAUAACUAAGGAGUCUUAUAGGUAACAUGUUUUUAUCAGUGGUGCCUUUGGCUGCAACUUAAACCUGUUCUCCAUAACCCCUUUCACACCUGGCCUGAUUAUAGAUGACGCAAGUAAAAGAAACUGACCUAUUCAAUAAGCGGAUCCAGUGCACAUCCAAACAGAAACACAAUGCAUUUGUAGUAUUCAGUGAUAAAUAGAUGAGACUUAUAUGUUGAACUUUUAACACUACAUAAGAACAGGUACAUGUAGGAAAUAUUGCACUCCAACAAUCAGCCUUUAUAUUACCAAUUUAAUACUUUCAGAUUAUUUAAAUGCCGUUGAAGCAGAUUUGUUCUGAUCUAAAACAGACAAAAAAGUUCUGAAUUCUGAAAUAAAAAAUCAACAGUUGAAAAGGGCAAGACUGCAUGUGCUGCUGCUGGUGAAUUUGGUUCGUUUUAGCUGUAGCAGUUUACAAUCAAUUCAGAUCAAACAACGUAUGUAUUAUAGUUUUUUUCUUUUGUACGUGACAUGAUGGAGCUGUUUUCUACUUUGACUAUUCAUUUAAGGAAACCAUUACUGCAUUUGACUCUCUUUACCAUGAAGGCUGUGUAUUUGGGGAUAUUAUGCCUUAUAACAGUAGUUCUUAAUUUAUUUCUGUGGCUAUGUAAUGAUAUUUAAACAGCUUAGCGCAGUAUAAACUCAUAUAUAUAUAUUUUUUUCUUUUGCUGGUGUUGAUUUUAAGUAAAAUUCUUACUCCUGCUAAGUUCUCAGUCACAGUUGUCAGUAGUUGACGGCACUGUACAUGUACUGACCUUUAGCCCCUUCUUAAAAGAUCUGGACAUGAGCAUUUGUGUCUAAAACAGUUUUACGUCCUCCUGAAGAGCUGCCCCAGCUGCUCCACUGAAACCCCCCACUUUUAAAAUAGAAGUCCAGUCAAAUGAAGAGUAAUACACGAUUGCUACGAACUUGUAUAAACUGUAAUAUACUGCUUAUGUGCUCUGAAUUAACCUACAUGUAUAUUUGCCGACUCGGAUCUAAACGUGAGGAGUAGAUUGAACCAGACAAACUUCUCCACUCAUUUCUUCAUAGCACAUCUUAACAUGUUUGAGUUUGCAUUCAGCUGUGCAGGCAUUUCAGCUGGUUGAGAUCCGUAGCAUCCUCGUGGUUGGGUUCGCUAUUCUUUAGCAUGUAGUUCAUGUAACUCAGAUGUGUGGAUGUAAGUGGGAAGCACCGCAGAAAUCAGACGAUGUGGAUUCUUCAUCCUGUUCAAGGUGACUGUUUAUCAUUAGGCCGUGUCACAUCAUCAUUACAGUGUACUGUACUGUAUCUCCUUCCUCCUCUAAUGGUGUCCUUCAUGUAAAAUGUAUUUCAAAUGGUAUUAAAUCAUCCCUAAAACUA